GAAAUGGAUAUUUACGGAAGUGGCUGAGUAUAUACAGUUAUCUGUAAUUUUGUGUUUGGACGCGGGUGGAAUAGAGACACUCUUCAGACUAAUACGCUUUACUACUUCGUGGUAUUUUAAUUCACAGUGUUUGAAGUGGCCUCUCAAGCUCUAAUCUAACAUUCUGGACACUAGAAAUCCGUAAUAUCUUUUCCCCCUUUACAAGAUGGCGGCCACUGGAGUCUUGCCGUUUGUCCGUGGAAUUGAUUUCAGCAGAAACGAUUUCCAGGAAAUCUUUCCUGCGCAUGUUGCUGAUAUGAGUAGUUUAAGGUGGUUGAAAUUAAAUAAAGCUGGAAUACAGUUACUGCCAGAAGAACUGUCAAGCCUUUCUAAACUGGAACAUUUAUCCCUGGUCAGAAAUAAUUUGAAUCAAAUUCAUGGUGAUUUGUCUACUCUAAGUUGUCUGAGAACAAUAAAUUGCCGACAUAAUAGGCUAACCAAUGGCGGCAUACCAAAUGAUAUAUUUGAAUUACAAGACUUAACAACUGUGGACUUCAGUCAUAAUAAUCUGUAUGCUGUCCCUGAUAAUUUGGAAAAGGCCAAGUCAUUGCUGGUACUGAAUCUCAGUCAUAAUAGGAUUGAAAACAUUUCUAAUCAGCUGUUUAUCAAUGUAAAUGAUUUGAUGCACCUUGAUCUAAGUGAUAAUCAUAUAGGGUUACUGCCGCCCCAGAUGAGAAGAUUAUCGAACUUGCAAGUUUUAAUCUUGAAUAAUAACCCACUCGAACACGCUCAAUUGAGACAAUUGACAUCUUUAGUCCAGCUAACAACAUUACAUUUACGAAAUACUCAGCGAAAUUUCAACAACAUACCGCCGCAACUGGACAUGCUAGUAAAUUUAUCAGACGUGGAUCUGUCUUAUAAUGAGCUUUCCAGGGUUCCAGAAGCUUUUUAUCAAAUUAAGUCUUUGAAACGAAUCAACCUGAGUAAUAACAGUAUAACAGAAAUCUCAACUCUGUGUGAUAACUGGACAAACUUGGAAACUUUGAACUUAUCACGGAACAAGCUGGCGUCAUUGCCCAAUGCCAUCUGCAAAUGUACUUCAUUGAAAAGAUUGUUUUUAAAUUGUAAUAUGUUGGAUUUUGAUGGUAUACCCUCUGGUAUUGGUAAACUCUAUGAUUUAGAACACUUCAUGGCAGCUAACAAUAAAUUAGAAAUGAUCCCAGAAAGCCUAUGUAGGUGUGGUAAAUUAAAGAAGUUGGUGUUAAAUGGUAACAGAUUGGUGACCUUACCAGAGUCUAUUCACUUUGCACAGUUAGAUUUACUUGAUGUUCGAGACAAUAAUGGUAUGGUGAUGCCACCUAAACCAGUAGAACAAGCCAAAGGCAGCGGUCCUGAGUAUUAUAACAUUGAUUUCUCUUUGAACACCCAAUUAAGGCUGGCUGGGGCAACUCCUGUAGCAUCAGCACAAGCACCUGUUAAAGAUCAUAUAGCCCGUAAAUUACGCCUGAGGCGCAGACGUGAAUAUAGUGAGAGUGCUGAUCAGGAACAGGCUAAAGUUCUUAAGGGAAUGCAUGAUUUGGCGGAAGGUAAGAAUAAAGAGGGAUUUGAUAUGGAUCAAGAUGAAGAGCAGAAAGCUAUUAAACCCAAGAGUUGGUUGGCAUCUUUGGCAAAACCACAGUUGGAUUACAGUGAUUUCUUUACUGAUGACACGGGUACAUUACCGGGUAUAACAGUCUGGCAGAUUGAAAACUUUCUUCCUAUCCAAGUUGAUGAAGCUUUGUAUGGCAAGUUUUAUGAGGCUGACUGCUACAUUGUACUAAAUUCAUUUAUUGAUGAAGCUGGUUGUUUAGACUAUCAUAUUUAUUUCUGGAUUGGAGAAACAUCCACUCUUGACAAGAAAGCCUGUGCCGCAAUCCACGCUGUUAAUCUGCGUAACAUGCUUGGAGCCGAAAGUCGCACAGUACGUGAAGAGAUGGGAGACGAAAGCGAAGAGUUUUUAGAUUUAUUUGAUAAUGGUAUAGCGUAUAUCGAAGGUGGAACCUCCAGUGGAUUCUAUACUGUAGAGGACAUAGAGUACCCUACGAGAUUAUACAGAGUAUCUGGUACACAGAAUUUACAUCUUGAACCAGUACCUGUUGAGGUUUUCUCACUGGAUCCUAAGUUUGUGUAUAUACUGGACUGUGGAAUGAAAAUGUACCUGUGGUAUGGAAGCCAAUGUAAAUCACUAACAAAGUCAAAAGCAAGGUUAAUGUCUGAAAAGAUCAACAAGAAUGAAAGAAAGAAUCAGUCUGAGAUCAUUGCAAUGUUACAAAAUGAUGAAAUUGAACGGUUUUGGGAACUCCUGAGUGGUAAACCGGAGUGGUUUGAAGUUAAGCCAUGGGUUGAAGAUUUUGUACCUGCACGUCCCAAGUUGUACAAAGUUGGCUUAGGUAUGGGAUAUUUGGAACUUCCACAAGUUGAUUUACCAAGACAGAGGUUAACUCAAGAUUUAUUGAAUACCAAGAAUGUUUACAUACUAGAUUGUCACUCUGAUGUAUUUGUCUGGAUUGGUCGUAAAUCAAGUCGACUGGUUAGAGCAGCAGCUUUAAAACUGUCACAAGAAAUAUGCAAUGUUAUUCCAAGACCAGAUGUUGCCAUGGUUACACGUAAUCUUGAAGGACAUGAAAGUCAGCUUUUCAAAUCCAAGUUUGAAAACUGGGAUGAUGUUCUGUAUGUGGAUUACACACGUACAGCAGAGCAAGUGAUCAAGAUGGUGAUUAAGGGAAUGGGCAAACCUGAAGUCAAGACUGAUUUGUCUGCACUAUUCAUGCCAAGACAGCCAGCAAUGUCCAAUGCUGAAGCUGAGCAAUUGAUGGAUGAAUGGAAUGAUGACUUAGAUGGUAUGGAAUCAUUUGUUUUAGAAGGAAAGAAAUUUGUAAGAUUACCAGAGGAAGAAAAUGGGUUUUUCUACAGUGCCGAUUGCUACGUAUUCCUGUGUCGUUACUGGGUACCCAAGGAGCUGGAAGAUGGUCAAGAAGAUAUUAUUGAUGAGGAAGAAGAUGACACUUCAGAAGAUGAAUUUCAGUAUACCGUGUAUUUCUGGCAAGGAAGAGACGCCAGUAAAAUGGGAUGGCUGACGUUUACAUUCAGUUUACAGAAGAAGUUUGAAAAUCUCUUCGGUGAUAAAUUAGAAGUUGUGAGACUGUGUCAGCAACAAGAGAAUUUGAAAUUUAUGUCUCAUUUCAAGAGGAAGUUUACAAUCUGUCUUGGUAAACGUAAUGCUCCUAAACCACCUGGUAUGGAAUUGAUGCCUGAAUUGUACCACAUCAGAUCCAAUGGUACCGCUAUAUGUACAAGAUGUAUUCAAAUCAAUCCAUCGGCUAAAUUACUAAACUCUGAAUUCUGUUACAUGCUGAAAGUACCGUUUGAUAACCAAGAAAAUGGCAUAGUGUAUGUAUGGAUCGGUAGCAAGGCUGACCCUGAGGAAGCAAAAUUAGCAGAAGAAAUUUCCAGAGACUUGUUUGGGGUAACUACAUUCAGUGUUCAGAUGAUUGAGGAAGGUGAAGAACCUGAGAAUUUUUUCUGGGUUGGCAUCGGCGGUAAGAAAUCAUACGAUACUGAAGCUGAUUAUAUGAGAUGUGCGAGACUAUUCAGAUGCUCCAAUGAAAAAGGAUUCUUUACAGUGUCUGAAAAAUGUGCUGAUUUCUGUCAGGACGAUUUAGCUGAUGAUGAUAUCAUGAUACUGGACACUGGUAAAGAAGUAUUUCUGUGGGUGGGACCUACUGGUAGUGAUAUUGAAAUUAAGUUAGCUUUCAAGAGUGCUCAGGUUUAUAUCCAGCAUUUGAGGAACAAAGAUCCUGAUCAUCCACGCAAGUUAUUUAUGGUCCGGAAAAGUAAGGAAUCCUGGAAAUUUGUUCGAUGCUUCCAUGGAUGGGGACUUUAUCGUCAAGCACCAAAAUAAAUAAAAGUUUGUAGUGUUCACCAUGCAUUAGACGGGGAAAAAAAGAUCAGCGUGCACUUAAGUUUGAAAGUUGCUUUUCAUACCUUUAUUAGAUGGAUGGGGAUGACAAUGGAAUAUUAUAAAAAUGAAGGAAAAAAUGCACUGCACUGUUUCAGGCUGAUCUGUAUUUUUCGGAAGAGGGGGGGGGGGGUUACUUAUUGGUUCCAUAUACUUCCCCAAUUAUAUUUUAGUGUUACAGUAGUAUUUUAUUUUGGUUUUCCAUUCAAAAAUAAUAUUAAAUAUUAACUAGUCAAUGGCCGAGUCUACUUAUUAAUAUCAAUAUUUACGUAUCUUUCACAUUGUCAGCUAACAAUUGUCCAUCUUUCACAUGGUAUGUUGCCAAUUUAUGUACACUGAAUUAUUUAUUGUUAGCAGAAACUUAUAAUACUGAUGAUUAUUAAUAAUUUAUUCAUUAUCAUAUCCAAGCAUAUGUUCUGUAUGUGCUCUGAUAGAAAUACUCUAACAAAAAAAUGCAGUUAUUACAUGACUUGCGUGUCGUCUUUGUCAUUUAAAGCACAUGCAUUAUGAAUAUAGUACACUAUUAGACCAUUUUCUGUUCACUGUGAGGAUGCAUUAUGGUGAAAAUGAAGGUAAAACAGGACAAAGCGUCACUUAAAUACACAUUUGAUGUUGAGCAAUUUUG